AUGGAGUAUCAUGAGCAGGUAAGAGCCGAGCAGCUCAGAUUUAUCUUUUAAAAGGCUACAGUGAAUUUGUAUUACAAGACAUAAAAAUGUUGUUCUUUAUCUGAUCAGGCCACAAUCUGAAGUUUUCUUUUGCACUUUUUUCGUAAUUGUCUGACAAAAAGUACAAUUUUAUUAUUUUUGUAAGGAAUGCAAUCUUCUGUUUUCUCAGUAUAGAAUCUGUAAAUUUAGUUCAGUAACUUGGAAUAAGUGAAAUUCUGAGAUUGUCAUCUCAUGAUUAAUGUACUUGUAAUGUUUUCUAGUGAUACAUCCUGCAUUAUUAUAUUUUUAAAUGAAAUUUAUGAAGUAGACACCUUUUACUUAGAGAAAAAUUACUGGGCACAUUAAGCUUCAACAAAGCAAGACCGAGAUAUCACAAAAACUGCUUUUUCAUGCCUUAAAAACAAAUAAUACAAAGUGUUUACCUUAUUAUAAUGAUAAGCUAUAUGAAACAUUACGGAAAAGGUGAGACAGCAGAUAGAAAUGCGGUUAAACCUGCUCUUGGUCUUGGCUGGGAGUGGAGGCGUGCAGGGUGGGGACUUCUUUAUUAUUGUCUAACUGUUUGUCGUGUUUUGUCAUGUUUUGCCCCGAUCACAGGUUGAGGAUGUUCUUGCCACAGCCAAAUUUGGAGACCUGAUACAGUUUUCCUACCCCAUAGGAUAUUCACACUGGGGCGUGUAUGAUGAGGACGGAUUUGUCAUCCAUUUUGCUGUAGCAGGUGAAUAUGAUAAUGUGCACAAUUGAAACAGUAUUUCAAUAAGUACACUCAACAAAGAAAGCAUGACACCCCAGUUUAGAGAAGCCAACUUCAUUACAUUGAAAGUUCAUGAACUGUGUUUCAAGUACAUUUGUUCUCACUUGAAGUGCACUGAACAAACAGUUUUCUGUACCUGUCAAAAAAUGUACUUUGAACUCUUAUGUAAUUGAUGUAUGAAAGACAAUCAAAUGUUUGCAUAAUAUUAGCACUAUGACAGUUUAUUUUUCCAGCCCUUUGUGAAGCAUAUUUUUGGUUCAUUUCAAACGUUUCUGUAACUUAAAUACAUCUCCAGAAUUAUCAAAAAAAAAAAAUAAGGGGAAUUUGCUUCUAAAUGAGAGGAUGAUUGGUCAGAUGGGCAUCAGGUCAGGAUGCUGAAAAAACAAUGCUUAGAAAAAAUAUGGCCCAAAAAAUUAAAUAAACAGCUAGUUUACCUGAAUGAUGAUGUUUCGAACCACCUGCUGCUGAAAUUUGUGUUUCUCUGGCUGCAGAUUUAUUCAACCAACUUGUACAAACAGACAAAAAGUCCUGCUACAGCCCCUUAAAACAGCUCAAUGUGAUAUUCAUUCAUGGUUACCAACCUCAAAUGCCAAUCUAACGUCCCAUAUUAAAGAUUUCUAUAUAUAAGUAUAAAAAGUUUCAAAAAAGUGUGUUUUGCUACUUAAAUUAUGACAAUUAUUUUAACAUCUUGGCUGGUUUGUAAAAGUCACACUAAUCCUGAAGUGUUUGUAUUUUUCCUAAUGACCAGAAAUCUGAUGCCAAAGACAUCUAUGAGGGAAUCAUUCAAGUUCACACUGACACUUUACAUUUUUGAAAUAAUCUUUAAGUCUUCUUAUACUGCUGGUUUCAUGUCUUCUGAAAAACACAGGAUGUUGAUUUUGUAAAGAAUGGGCCCAUGUAAGGAACACUGAGAACAAAACAUGGUCUGCUUUGGGCACAAAUGCAGUGUUAUCAACAUGUUGUUACUGUUCUCUACAAAGGUAGCAGGGCAACUCCACAAGAAACCACUGCAAAAACUGAGCUAGAGUUUUAUCUUGCCAUAAAAAAGUCAAAAUGAGCUGAUAUUAAGCUAAAUGUACCUGAAAAGUCUAAUUAAAUGUCUUGUUGCAAGAAAUUAAGACCGGAAUUGUCUGAGAUGAGUGAAAACAUCUGCCAAGAUGAGUAAGAAUAAUGUUUUGAGUUUUUGAAAUCAUGACAUUAUUUUGAGUUUGCUCACCUCAAUAGCAGAUUUUUUUACUCAAAAUGAGAAGGUGAGGCCUUUUUAUUCUGUUUGUAAUAUCUUUAAAUAUGAUAUUUACGUGGACCUGCCAAGUAAAGGUGGCUCAAACCAAGUCUAAAGAGAUUUUUUACUUUUCAUAAAUGAACACUUGCUCAGUCCUGAGAUGUUGUGUGUCAACAUGGUCACCUUGAGCUUCAAAACAGGAUAGUUAGUGCUAAAAUGUCAAACUCUGGGCUUUAAAAUGUUAGUCUUAUAGACUGUUUAGCAAGAUGGAUCACAGCGCCCUAAAAAUAAGGCCAAAAUAUUUAGACCAGUUCCAACCCAGUCACCAACUGACCCCUGCAUGGGUCAUAAUGCCUGCUUCCCUAAUUUCAACAGAUGAGACAAGGGUCAAACUAGAAAAUCAAGAUCUGAGUCAUUUUCCUGAAUGCAUUUUAAGGGUAGAAGGAAAAGAGUCAUUUUAUCAGAUUGUCGCACGUCCUCAAGGUCAACUGUGUCUCUUUAUUUUCAGAGGAGGGGAAGUUAAUGAACAAAGUGCGGACCUCCCUACAAGCAAUGUUCCCUGUAUGUGGAGACCUGCUUCUGGGAUCAACAAAGAUACGCAGGAUGCCCCUUGGAGAGGUGACCGUCCCAGAGGGAGCCCACGUCUCAAUCAGUAACAACGGCCACGCCCUCAGAGCAACAGCAACCGAAGAUAUGAGGCGACGGCGGGAUGGCCUCCUUGGUAAAGAGCUCACCUAUAAACUGCUCAGCCUCAACUGUGAGCACUUCGCCACCUUUAUACGCUACGGGAAAGCUGUCUGCAACCAGGUAAAUAUUCAGUCCUGUUUUUUCCAACUUUUCCAAAAUUGUGAUUUAUCAGUAAUAAUUUAAACUUUUGAGUGUGUAACCGAGCAGUAACCAGCAUUUUUCACCACAAGACCAAUGAAACCCUCUUUUGUUUGUCAUAUUUUAUUCCUACCCCAAGAAGUGAAAGAAAGAAACAAACUUUACUCCCAUAUGCAGUAGCUUUUAUACAACUUAAACCUCCCCCAAAACAUCAGAUAACUGUUCUUUUGAAAGAGUGGAGAGAGGAAUCUCUAACCGGCUUACUGUGGGGUUGAUUCACGACAGCUUUAAGACACAUUUCACAGUAUAAAUCCAGCUUCAAGGGCCACUUGUUCAGGAUAAAGAGAACAAACACUGUAAUGCUCAACGACACAACUCAUUGGUGUGUAAGUUGAGCCCCAGAAAGCCUUGGACUGUCUCCACCUCCUGAUUAUUGUAAAAAUAAUAAUGCCAAAGCAACUUUAACAGACUUUAUGAACAGAUGGAUGCACAACAAUGUUGGUCCUGGUGUGUUAUGCAGAAUGUUUUACUUUGCAAGAUCCCACCAUGCCAUGCUGAUCAAUAAUGGCCUUCAGGAGCCUCUUUUGAAUUUGUUUUUAUCCCUGCUUCAGAUUCCUGCAAAAGCCAAGAACGUGGAGUGUGUGGAGGCAACAAAAACUUUCCAAGAAAUCGUUGACUCAAAGGAAACGCAGGAAACCGUAAAAUCCAAGGAAAGACAGGCAAAAGCCCACUGGAAGGAAACAGAUUCUAUACCCCAUUACCCUUAA